CCAACAACCCACUCUCUCUCUCUCUCUCUCUCUCUCUCUCUCUCUCUCUCUCUCUCUCUCUCAAUUCUCAUAGUAUUAUUGAGCAUCCCUCUAUUGAUGCUCUGAGCGAGCUUGUUUACUCUCUGCAAAUUUGGCGUCCAUGGCGACAACCGUGCUGCUCGGCCCCCUGAUCUCCAUGGUGAACCAGAAGGUUUCCAAUUAUCUUCUUCGACAAUAUCGGGAGAUGGAUGGUAUGGAGGAGCAGCUCGCCGUUCUGGAGCGCAAGCUCCCAGCCAUAUUGGACGUCAUCAUUGACGCGGAGGAGCAGGGAACUCACCGGCCUGGGGUGAGUGCUUGGCUCAAAGCACUCAAGGCUGUUGCGUACAAAGCUAACGACGUGCUUGAUGAGUUCAAGUAUGAAGCGCUCCGUCGUGAAGCCAAGAGGAAGGGUCACUACAGCAAUUUCAGCACCGAUGUAGUAAGGCUCCUUCCUGGUCGCAACUCUAUUUUGUUCCGUUACAGGAUGGGCAAGAAGCUGCGUAAGAUUGUGCACACUAUCGAGGUCCUUGUUACCGAGAUGAAUGCCUUCGGGUUCAAAUAUCGUCCACAGAUUCCAACAUCCAAGCAGUGGCGACAAACAGAUUCAAUUAUCAUCGACUAUGAGUGUAUAGUGAGCAGAGAGGAAGAGAAGUGGCAGAUUGUUGACGUGCUGCUUACCCGUUCUACAAACAAGGACCUAAUGGUUCUUCCCAUUGUUGGAAUGGGUGGUUUGGGUAAGACCACUUUUGCACAGAUCAUUUACAAUGAUCCUGAUAUCAAGAAACAUUUCCAGCUCCGGAAAUGGGUGUGUGUUCUGGAUGAUUUUGAUGUUACAGACAUUGCUAAUAAGAUCAGCAUGUCAAUUGAGAAAGACUGUGAAAGUGCAUUGGAGAAGCUCCAGCAAGAGGUCAGUGGAAGGAGGUACCUCCUUGUCUUGGAUGAUGUAUGGAAUCGUGAUGCUGACAAGUGGGCAAAGCUAAAAUACUGUCUUCAACAGUGUGGUGGUUCUGGGAGUGCAGUAUUGAUGACAACUCGUGAUGAAAGAGUAGCUCAAAUCAUGGGAACAGCCCACACCCAUCAAUUGGUGAAGAUGGACACAAGUGAUUUGCUUGCCAUAUUUGAAAAAAGAGCAUUUGGACCGGAAGAGCAAAAGCCUGAUGAGCUGGCUCAGAUUGGCAGGGAGAUUGUUGACAGAUGUUGUGGGUCCCCAUUAGCCGCAAAAGCCCUGGGCUCGGUGUUAAGCACCCGGAAAAGUGUGGAAGAGUGGCGAGCUGUAUUAAAGAAAAGCAGUAUAUGUGACGAGGAGAGUGGGAUUUUACCUAUACUCAAGCUCAGCUACAAUGAUUUACCCGCAUACAUGAAGCAAUGCUUUGCCUUUUGUGCUCUCUUUCCAAAAAAUUAUGUGAUUCAUGUGGAAAAGCUGAUACAGUUAUGGAUGGCAAAUGAUUUCAUUCCAUCAGAAGAUGCAAUCCGACCAGAAACAAAAGGUAAACAAAUAUUCAACGAGCUGGCCUCAAGGUCAUUCUUUCAAGAUGUUAACCGGGUACAUGUCGAGGAGGACGGAAGUGGAAACAAGUAUAUGACUGUUUGUACCGUCCAUGAUCUCAUGCAUGAUGUUGCAUUGUCUGUGAUGGGAAAGGAAUGUGUUACUAUAGACGAGAGGCCGAACUAUACGGAGAUUUUGCCAUACACUGUUCGCCAUUUGUUCUUGUCAUCCUAUGGUCCUGGAAACUUCUUGAGAGUUUCGCCGAAGAAAAAAUGUCCAGGUAUCCAGACACUGUUGGGCAGUAUAAAUACUACUAGUUCAAUACGUCAUUUAUCAAAAUGCACUUCCCUUCGAGCACUGCAGCUCUGUUACGACAGACCGAGUGGACUUCCAUUUGGACCAAAGCACUUGAAGCACCUUAGGUAUCUUGACCUCUCAGGCAAUAGUCAUAUCAAAGCACUUCCAGAAGAAAUCUGCAUCAUGUACAACCUGCAGACGUUGAAUCUUUCUGGCUGUGAACGUCUUGGUGAACUUCCAAAGGAUAUGAGAUACAUGACUGGCCUCCGGCACCUAUAUACAGAUGGAUGUCUCUCCCUAAAGUGCAUGCCUCCAAAUCUGGGACAAUUAACUUCCCUACAGACGCUGACAUAUUUUGUUGUUGGCUCCAGCUCCGGUUGUAGUGGUAUUGGAGAACUCAGGCAUCUGAACCUUCAAGGUCAACUACAUCUAUGCCAUCUAGAAAAUGUAACAGAAGCAGACAUAACAAUUGGUAACCAUGGGGAUAAAAAGGAUCUCACCGAGCUGUCUUUUGCAUGGGAAAAUGGCGGCGGUGAGGUUGACUUUCAUGAUAAGGUGCUAGAUGCUUUUACUCCUAACCGCGGGCUGCAGGUUCUAUUGGUGGAUUCCUAUAGAAGCAUUCGGUUUCCAACUUGGAUGACAAAUCUGAGUGUGAUGCAAGAUCUGGUCAAGUUGUGCCUAGUCAAUUGCACAAUGUGUGACAGACUUCCUCAGUUGUGGCAAUUACCAACUCUUCAAGUUCUUCAUUUGGAAAGGCUGGAUAGGUUGCAAUCCUUAUGCAUUGAUAAUGGAGAUGCUUUAAUAUCCUCAACAUUUCCAAAAUUGAGGGAGCUUGUGUUAUUUCAGUUGAAGAGCUUGAAUGGAUGGUGGGAAGUAGAAGGGAAACAUCGAUGCCAAUUAUUGUUUCCCCUUCUGGAGGAACUAUCAAUUGGGAGUUGCACUAAGCUGACAAACUUACCGCAACAACAAACACUUGGAGAAUUUUCUAGCUCCGGUGGUAAUAAGACACUCUCAGCAUUUCCAUCAUUGAAGAACCUCAUGUUACAUGAUUUGAAGAGUUUCAGUAGAUGGGGAGCAAAGGAAGAAAGGCAUGAAGAACAAAUAACAUUUCCACAGCUUGAGAAUACCAAUAUUACAGAUUGUCCAGAACUAUCAACUCUACCUGAAGCACCCAGGCUUAAAGCAUUAUUGUUUCCCGAUGACAGGCCACUUAUGUGGUUAUCCAUAGCAAGAUAUAUGGCCACAUUGUCCAAUGUGAGAAUGAAAAUCGCACCUUCUUCUCCCUCACAAGUACAAUGUUCCAUUCAACAUGUAGAUGAUAAGGGGAAAUGCAAUCAUGGAGCUUCUCAUGCAGCUAUGGAGCUACGUGGAAGCUAUUUCUUCCACACAAGUUGGAAAUAUUUUGUAAACCUUGAACAUCUGGAGAUCAUUUCUUGUGAUGAGCUUGUCUACUGGCCACUAAAAGAGUUCCAAUGCUUGGCAUCCUUAAAGAGAUUCACAAUUCAUUGUUGCAAUAAUCUUACAGGAUCUGCAAAGAUUCCUGAAGUAGCAUCAGCAAGAAAUCUGCUCCUACCGUGUCUCGAAUAUUUGGAAAUAAAAAGUUGUUCUAAUGUGGUUGAUGUUCUCAGCCUUCCUCCAUCACUCAAGGAAUUAUAUAUCGAGAGAUGCAGUAAGCUUGAGUUCAUAUGGGGUAAGAUGGGUACUGAAAGUCAGAGUUGGAAUGUUGAACACCAAGAUGAAUUGACAUUAUCAGAAUCUUGUAGUGCCCUUCCUGCCUCUGGAAUUGCGCAAGAUCCCUCAUCACAGGCAAUAAUUCAUUCUCUACCAUGUAUGGAGUCUCUAACACUAAUAAGUUGUCAAAGUUUGGUAGAGCUUCUCAGUUUUCCCUUGUAUCUCAAAGAGGUACAGAUUUGGAGUUGUCCUAAGCUUGAGUAUGUAUGGGGGAAGCAGGAUAAGAAAAUGAAGAGCCAGUAUGUUGAACAGCCAACCAACCUUGAAAUAUUAGAAUCUUCCAAUGAACUUACUGCAUCGACAACUGUACUAGGUUCGUUACCAUCAACAAGGAAUCAUUUGCUACCAUGCUUAGAGUAUCUGCGGAUAGCAUAUUGUGAAGGCUUGUUGGGAAUUCUUGAUCUCCCGUCAUCAGUGAGGAAAAUAAAUAUUUCAGACUGCCCUAAACUUGAGGUCCUGUCAGGGCAAUUUGAUAAACUUGGGCAUCUUGAUAUUAGAUUCUGUGACAAGUUGAGCUUACUAGAGUCAUGCCAGGGAGACUUCUCAUCAUUGGAAACCCUCUCUAUUGUUAGCUGCGAGAGCUUGAAAUGCUUACCAAAUAAGCCUUCACAUACAUAGGGAUUUUAAAAAUCGGGUGUGCAAAACGGCAUAUUCACUUCCGAGAUGUAGAUACGGGCAGAUAAGUUCUGACAGCUGCCAUAUCACUUAAAUUGACUCCAAAUAUGGAAUUUGGUACGUACAAGCACUGGAUCUUGAAGAACAGAAUGUCCAUGUCCAGUGCCUUAUACUCCAUCCGUUCCUAAAUAUAAGUCUUUCUAGAGAUUUCACUACAGACGACAUACGAAGUAAAAUGAGUAAAUUCACACUCUAAAAUAUGUCUAUAUACAUCUGUAUGUACUUCAUAGUGAAAUCUUUAAAGACUUAUAAUUAUGAACGGAGGGAGUAGAUACUGGAGAGAGAAUGCUAUAAAUAUGCUAUUUGCGCUAGUAGCCAAAUCGGCCUUUGCACCGGCUUCAUUGUGUAAAUAUAAACUCUUCUUAUUUAGUUACGACUUGGCAUCUUCAAAGCUCGGACUCUGGACGAAGAUAUCAUGAAGACUGGUAGGUUUAGUUACCAUCUUGAAAUUGUCGAUUUUGUUUUCAUUAUGUACAACAGUACAAGUGGUCUUGUAUGAAGGUGGUCAGAUUUAUGAAUCAAUAGAGCUUUAUUAUAGGAUUGUUCACUGACAUGCAUAUGGUGAAGAGCUAAGUUUUUACAUGAUCAUCUCAGAUGUAUCUGACUUUGUUCGGUAUUAUGGGCAUAAAACAUGGAAUAUAUAUUUCUUAUGUAACUUUUUGAAA